AUGCUCACUUGUUCCUACACUGCGCUCAACGCCAAGGCCAGUGCCUGCGUCUCUGUCGCACACACGGUUACGGGGGCUGCCCGCAGCCUGCCAGAGUCUGCUCUGUCUGCUCACAGGCAGACAGAAGUGUCUGGAAAUUUGUGCUCUCCCAAGGGCGGCCUGUGGCCAGUGACACAUGAGUGCGUGGGUAUAGACGGUCUAGGUCCCCAGCCCCGGACUGGGCGACCCCAAGGUGUGACCUGCCAUCUCUCCAGAGCUCCUCACAUGGGAUCAGCAGAGGCACCCGCGGAGCACAUGGGAGACGGCAGUUUCAAAGAUGAGCACCGAAGUGCCUCCCAGCGUGUGUUCUUCUGCAGUGUGAUAUUGUCUAAGGCUCAAUGA